AUGUACUAUGUGCCUCCCAGAGACGGUCUGGGCUAUGCGUACCUGAUGCUGCCCGGCCACCCUGAGUUUCUGGCCCUUCAUGUUUUCAAGCUUUUACAUGGUACGUGCGAGGACGAGCUCUUUAAUAUUGAAGUGGCAGCUGCCAUCCACGCUUACUCGCAUGACUCCGGCAGAUGGAGCUUUAUAAAGAGCAAACAUAACACGGUCCAAGGAGACUCGGGCAUUUGCCGGGAAGGUGGCUGGGAGCAGCUAGAAAGAGCUCCCACCCUGCGGUAUGCCGUGAACCACCUUAGAGCUGUGUGGCCGUACCAAGCGGAAGAGCCAAGGAGCAAAUCCAAGAUCUGUGCCAAUGUUUUCUGUGGAGCUGGGCGGGAGUGUGCAGUGACUGAGAAGGGAGAGCCAACCUGCCUCUGCAUUGAGCAAUGCAAACCUCACAAGAGGCCUGUGUGCGGUAGCAAUGGCAAGACGUACCUGAACCACUGUGAGUUGCACCGUGAUGCCUGCCUCACUGGCUCCAAGAUCCAGGUGGAUUACGAUGGCCACUGUAAAGAAAAGAAGUCUGAGAAUCCAGCUGCAAGUCCAGUCGUCUGCUAUCAGUCGGACAGGGACGAACUUCGUCGCCGUGUCAUCCAGUGGCUGGAAGCUGAGAUUAUCCCAGAUGGCUGGUUUUCCAAGGGCAGCAACUACAGCGAAGUCCUGGACAAGUAUUUCAAGAGCUUUGACGAUGGUGAUUCUCGCUUGGACUCCACUGAAUUCCUGAAGUUUGUGGAGCAGAAUGAGACUGCUGUCAACAUCACCACCUACAUGGACCAGGAGACCAACAAGCUGCUCAGGGGACUCUGCGUAGAUGCCCUCAUCGAGCUGUCAGAUGAAAAUGCUGACUGGAAGCUCAGCUUCAGUGAAUUUCUCAAGUGCCUCAGCCCAUCCUUCAACCCACCAGAGAAAAAGUGUGCCCUGGAAGAUGAAACCUAUGAGGAUGGAGCAGAGACCCAGGUGGAGUGCAACCGCUGCGUCUGUGCCUGUGGGAACUGGGUGUGCACUGCAAUGACAUGCGAGGGGAAGAAUGAGAAGGUGCCUGCUCAGAGACAGCGACCUGAUCAAGACUUGACUGAGGAGGAGCUGGCUAGAUACGUUCAGGAACUGCAGAAGCAUCAGGAGACGGCCGAGAAGACCAAGAGAAUGAGCACCAAGGAGAUGUAAGGGGCCUCCACACUGGAGGAGCCCAGGAGGAUGGGCCCAACCUGCCACCCUGUCCUCCAGUGCUGAUCUCAGUAUGCACAAGUGUCUGCUACAGUUGCCCAGUCACAGAUAUUUACAUUGUAUAGCGAUGGGUUAUUUGUUUUGUAAUACACAGAGAAUGGGGCCAGGAAAGGGGAGCAGAGCCCACCUGUUCAGGGAGCUUUACUGCUGGGGCCUUGGAAGGCUGGGAGGGACUUAGAGCAGCCUCUGGGACCCUUUCCCAGGGCAGACAGCUGCUCCCUCCAAGAGCUAACAGGGUUUUCUUGUUCCCCUGGAUCUGGGGAAAGGACGGAGGUCAGUGCUGGAUAGAAAAGGGGGUCUUCAAUCAAUACAAUUGUCGGCACCGGCCUUGGCUGCAGAAAUACAGGCCCGGCAGUUUUGUGGCUGAGCACGUGUGCUGCAGGGCAUCAUUAGCCAAGGACCUUGCCCUGCUUACCCUCCCCUUUGGUUCAGGCUCCUCAAAGUUGGUCAGCCUGGUGUGACACCUGGAAGUCGUGGUGCCAUGCUGCUGGCAUGAGUCCAGCACGUUCCUCCUUGCUUUCCACCGGACUGUCCCCAGCAGCUCCUCCAGUACAUUGUGGGCUCCAACACAACAUGGUUCCUUUUGACCUCAUCUCACUCUUACUCUCCCUGCCCCCUCCUUAGAGGUGCUAGCAUAUUCUUUUCUUAUCACAUUCACAUGCUGACUCCCC